AUUCUACAGAAUGUGGCAAUAACCUUUGUGUGACUCAGUUAACCAAAAUCUACCUCGAAGAUGAAUAUCAAAUACCGUUAAAUCAGGAACCUGAUGAAUUAAUUAUAAUGUCUUUUAAUUUUUUUAACUACAGUGAGCAGUUGUUAUUUAAUACCAAAAAUGAAGAAUAUAAAAAAUUCUAUGUUUCACCGACUGGAUCUAACAUAAUCAGCUUUGUUUCUAACAUUACGUAUCAAAAUCCACCAGGACCUCUUAUUUCACAAAAUAAUGGAUAUCAAUUUAUGUGUGGAGAUCCUUUUGUGCCAUCUACGUGCACAGAGCCAUGUGCUUGCGCUCAUGUUUAUCACAUUGAACUUGGAGCACUCGUGGAUGUUAUGAUUUAUGAUGAAAAACCUUUGACGGAAUUAAAUCAUCCAUUUCAUUUACAUGGUUAUAGCUUCUGUGUUAUGUAUGCUGGCCAAUUUGUUAAUGCACCUAACAAGAACAGUAUAACAAAUAAGGAUGUCAUGAAAGAAAUUAAAGCUCAUAUGUCACGUUUAGAAAGUGGUUAUUAUAAACACUGUGCUCCUAAAGAUACUGUAAUUGUACCAAAUACUGGUUUUGUCAUCUUACGGUUCAAGGCAGAUAAUCCAGGUUGGUGGUUUUUUCAUUGUCAUUUUACAUGGCACGCUGCAAGUGGAAUGAACGUUGUCUUACAUGUUGGUACGCCAUAUGAUCUGCCACCUGUACCACGUGACUUUCCAACGUGCUACAAUUGGACACCACAACCUCGAAAUUAAUCUAUUGAUUUAUAUAAGUGAAAUGAAAGAAAGAUUAUAAAAGUUAUAAAA